GGUGCUGGUCUGGUGGCCCACCAGACCUUGGGCCACCUCUUCACCGUCUCCAAGGAUAAGUCCAUCCACGUCUUGACGGUGGAGGAGGGACGGCUGGAGACCCGCUUCCCCAAGGCCCACAGCUCGGCCCUCAACUGCCUGCUGCCCAUCGACCACCACCUCUUCGCCACGGGCGACGACGACGGGGGGCUGAAGGUGUGGGACCUGCGCAAGGGGGACGCCGUCCUGGAGGCCCGGCAGCAGGAGGAGUACAUCAGCGCCAUGGCCGUGGACGGGAACAGGAAGAUCCUCCUCACCGCCAGCGGCGAUGGCACCCUGGGCGUCUUCAACCUGAAGAGGCGGCGCUUCGAGCUGCUCUCGGAGCCGCAGAACGGGGACCUGACCUCUGUCGUGCUGCUGAAGAGGGGGAAGAAAGUGGUGUGUGGCUCCAGUGAGGGCACCAUCUACCUCUUCAACUGGGACGGCUUCGGGGCCGCCAGCGACCGCUUCGCUCUGAGGGUAGAGUCCGUUGACUGCAUGGUCCCCGUCACGGACAGCAUCGUAUGCGUGGGGUCCCUGGACGGAGUCAUCAGGGCGGUGAACAUCCUUCCCAACCGGGUGCUGGGCUGCGUCGGGCAGCACCUGGGGGAGCCCAUCGAGCAGCUGGCGGUGGCCCCGGGGGGGCAGCUCCUGGCCAGCUGUGGCCAUGACCAGAAGGUGAAGUUCUGGGACAUCUCGGCCCUGGGGGGGAUGGUGGUGGAUGACUAUCGGAAGAAGAAGAAGAAGGGGGUGCCGCUGCCGGCCCUCAGCAGCAAGGCAGUGGGCAACGGGGCUGAUUUCUUCGCUGACCUGCGGGACGAGGCGGAGGCGGAGGCAGCGGGGAGCGACAGCGACGACAGUGACUGAGGGGCCCCCCCAGGAUGGGGGGGAGGUCGGGGAUGGUCUGGCUGAGGGGUGUCUGAGACGGAGGGACCUGGCGAUGGGGGGUCCUGGGAUGGAGAGGGUUCUUGUUGGGGAGGACUUGGGUGGGGGACCUUGGUGAGGAGGUGGGAGGUGUCAUGAC